AUGGGUAUACAGACUUUUGCCUCUACUAAGUCCACACGACGUCGUAGUGGGCAUGACUGUUUGUUUCACCGUUGCUCAUAUAUAUGUGGUGUAAAACCAUUGUGGGAACGUUCACAUCUCUUUCUGUCUGCCAUGGCUAUUGUCACUGCAAAACUCUGCGCAUUACCUCUCUCCUUAUCGGUUGUUUGUUCUUCCAAAGAAGCAAACUCGGUGAAGGUGAGAGAAGACUGGAGAAAACGGUCCAGGCCCAUUCCUCCUGGUGGAACCUACCCGGCCAAAGACCAUUGCAGUCAAUGUGGGUUAUGUGAUACUUAUUACGUUGCCCAUGUGAAGAAUGCUUGUGCUUUCUUGGGAGAUGGCAUGUCUAGAAUUGAAAGCUUAGAACCGGUGGUCCAUGGCCGGGGGAGGAAAGGAGAUUCAUUAGAUGAGGCUUACUUCGGGGUCUACGAGGAGCUUUUAUAUGCUCGUAAAAUUAAGCCUGUCGAGGGAGCUCAAUGGACGGGAAUAGUAACAACAAUUGCAAUUGAAAUGCUGAAAGCAGGGAUGGUAGAAGCUGUCGUAUGUGUCCAGAGUGAUCCAGAGGAUCGACUCAGUCCAAGACCUGUUUUGGCAAGGACACCAGAGGAAGUUCUAGCGGCUAAAGGAGUCAAGCCAACGUUGUCUCCUAAUCUUAAUACCUUGGCCUUAGUGGAGUCCAUUUGUGGGUGGGAAGAAUGUGAAGGGCUCGCAUUCACAGUAAUCAAGCUUUCUUGUGCAUAUGGCUCUGAAGGUCUACCUAGGAAAAGCUUCUGGAAGAAUAUGGUAACUGGGAAGUUUGUUUUGAGGGGUGACCAUUCAUGGCCAAAUGAGGUGAAGAGUGAUGACAGUGAUGUUAGGCUUUGGGACUUCACAAUAAAGGAUUUAGAAGUGGAUAAUGGAAGGCGAGAAGGGCUAGAUAAGUUUCUAAAGGCUGCUAGCAGUGAACCAGAAACAGUUCUUCAUUAUGAGUUUAUGCAAGAUUACAAGGUCUGGCUAUUCCUUUACGUUUUACUUCAAUGUGCUUAUUGAAUAUUGAGUAUUUUGCACCCAUUGACAGGUCCUUCAGACUUAAAAUUGCCAUCCUAUAUAUGCAAGGAAAUAUAAUAGAUCAAUGCAUGUUAAGAUACCAAUAGGAGAACCAAAAGUCUUUGAUCAUUGUGUAGAUAGUUGCCUAAUAACAAAUCAACGAAUGGUGAGAAGUCAUUCUCAUAUGAAAACAGCAGUUAAUUUACUAGUUAAUAAAGUAGUUAGUCUUUGGUGAUAUUGUAUUCCUAGUGAAGGACAUAUAAGGACAUAUCUAGAUUGUUAUGGAUGUUCUCUAGGUUAUAAAAUAUCUGACCAGAAUAAUCAUGUCAAUGCUAUUCUUAUUACAAUUUUAUCAAAACUCAAAAUUUCCUCCUUUAAAGGAAUCCUAAACAAUGGGAACACUACUAAUUCAGCAAUGGUCAUCACUUGGUGUGUUGAUAAAAGCUCAGGUUGUCAUGCAUGAGAGUGCAAGUUCAAGUUUGUGAGCCAUAAUUUCGUGUAAAUUAUUCCCAAGGCUAGAUAUCCAGUCUGCCCUGCCUAGCAUCCUCUUAGCAAAGUAGUAGUAGCUAUGACCUUGUUACAAAAUUUUCCAAGUAAAAGCCAAUACUCCAAAUAAUUGAGGGAGGUGAUUGGGUGGUGGCUGCCCAUCAAUUCGAACCUAAAUUCUCAUUUCUGAGAACCCAAUCUUUUAGAUGUACCAUGGAAUGCCCCCUUGUUUUUAUACUUAUUAUUACACGUGUUAUCACAAUUGCAUUUAGGGUUAAAUAAUACUACUCGUGAUUUGAAUUAUAAGCAGAGUAUGUGAGAUUAGGAAUAAUGUUGAUUUGGGCAGCCAAAACUAAAUGCAAACUUUGUAAUGGCUGAAUAAGUCUACCAGUAAAUUGUAAUUUCUGAGGAUGAAGAGAUCCAGGUUUGUGGGAGACUGGGAGUCCAUUGAUCUAAGGCCCAAUAUACAUGUCUAGAACUUGUGCUCACCUAAAAGCUUAAGUCUAUAAGUGAUGAGUUCAUCCAUUAUAUAUUAGGACACUUUAUUUUAUUUUUUUCUAUCCAAUGUGGGAUUCCCACGCAUGUAAUAAUCAACAAUCUUCCCCCCAUUUUUGAACCAAUUUGGGUUUAGCUCCCCUUUGAGUUUGAUCUACCACUUUCCAUAAGCACUGUGUUCAACAAAUCUUUACAAGAGCUCACUCUUCCAAGAAUCAAGUUUUUAGCGCUCUUUAUGGUCAUUGUAUUACCACUCUGUCAAGAGCCCUUGUAUUCAGGCCCGUGCCCUACUCUUUUUUUCUGAGUGGCGUUUCCAUGACUUCAGUACCAAGAUCCAGCACUUUUCUUAAUAGCCUUCAUUGGCAUCGACAUGCUACACUGCUUCUUCAAGAGUUCACUCAGGAUCGUUAACCUUGGCUCUAGUACCAUUUGUUGAGAGACUGGGGAGCCCAAUAUACAAUGUCUAGAACUCAUACCCACUUAAAAGCAGAAGAGAGAUAUGUAUGAGUCAAAGGGAUAAAAACUAAGUGUAGAGCCCCCGUAUAUAUAGCCAAUGAAAGUUACAAUAAGGAUAAAAAGGU